CCAAGAUGUCUGGCAUGGAAGAUGAUUUCAUGUGUGAUGAUGAAGAGGACUACGACCUGGAAUACUCAGAAGACAGUAACUCCGAGCCAAAUGUGGAUUUGGAAAAUCAAUACUAUAACUCCAAAGCAUUAAAGGAAGAUGACCCAAAAGCAGCAUUAAGCAGUUUUCAGAAGGUUUUGGAAUUUGAAGGCGAAAAAGGAGAAUGGGGAUUUAAAGCACUGAAACAAAUGAUUAAGAUUAACUUCAAGUUGACGAACUUUCCAGAAAUGAUGAACAGAUAUAAACAACUAUUGACCUAUAUUCGAAGUGCAGUCACAAGAAAUUAUUCUGAAAAAUCCAUUAAUUCUAUUCUUGAUUAUAUCUCUACUUCCAAGCAGAAUUCUGAUUUUUUAUGUUGGAUGGAUUUACUGCAGGAAUUCUAUGAAACAACACUGGAAGCUUUAAAAGAUGCUAAGAAUGAUAGACUGUGUUUUAAGACAAACACAAAGCUCCGAAAGUUGUAUUUAGAACGGGAGGAAUAUGGAAAGCUUCAAAAAAUUUUAAGCCAGUUACAUCAGUCCUGCCAGACUGAUGAUGGAGAAGAUGACCUGUAAAAGGGUACACAGUUAUUAGAAAUAUAUGCUUUGGAAAUUCAAAUGUACACAGCACAGAAAAAUAACAAAAAACUUAAAGGACUCUAUGAACAAUCACUUCACAUUAAGUCUGCCAUCCCUCAUCCACUGAUCAUGGGCGUCAUCAGAGAACGCGGUGGUAAAAUGCACUUGAGAGAAGGUGAAUUUGAAAAGGCACACACUGACUUUUUUGAAGCCUUCAAGAAUUAUGAUGAAUCAGGAAGUCCAAGACGAACCUCUUGCUUAACACAUUUGGUCUUAGCAAAUAUGCUAAUGAAAUCGGGAAUAAAUCCAUUUGACUCACAGGAGGCCAAACCAUACAAAAAUGACCCAGAAAUUCUCACAGUGACGAAUUUAGUAAGUGCCUAUCAGAAUAAUGACAUCACUGAAUUUGAAAAGAUUCUGAAAACAAACCACAGCAACAUCAUGGAUGAUCCUUUCAUAAGGGAACACAUUGAAGAGCCUUUGAGAAACAUCAGAACACAAGUGCUCAUAAAAUUAAUUAAGCCUUACACAAGAAUACAUAUUCCUUUUAUUUCUAAGGAGUUAAACAUAGAUGUAGCUGAUGUGGAGAGCUUGCUGGUGCAGUGCAUGUUGGGUAACACUAUUCAUGGCCGAAUUGAUCAAGUCAACCAGCUCCUUGAACUGGAUCAUCAGAAGAGGGGUGGUGCUCGAUAUACUGCACUAGAUAAAUGGACCAACCAACUAAAUUCUCUCAACCAGGCUGUAGUCACUAAACUGGCUUAACAGAGAACAAGCUUUUACAGACGUACUUAAGGCAACAGUGCAGAGAUGUAAUUCUUAAAAGAACUGGGAAUGGCAAAACUACUGUCGGUUGAUGUGUCCUGAAAAUUAUUGGAGUUAAUGGCAGAAGUGCUUUUUUUGAUCAACUGGUUUGUGUUUUGCUGCUGCAUUUAUCCCAAGAAAAACAGCUUUAAUCUCCAGAAGAAAACCAAAAUGCCAUGCGAUUUAUGCUGUAUUGACAUCUUGCCCUAAACAUACAACAUCAUAGUAAUUUGUCAUGGGCAACAUGACCAGAGAGAAGAUUUUUGUCAUGAUUUUAAAUACACUGACAUGCUACUGUUGGUUAAACUUAAACAUGUUUUACCUACAGAAAUUCUCUCACAAAUAACCUGCAAUAACUUGAAAUGCAUACCCUUUUGAACACUUCCUUUUCUCAUGUAUAAAUU